GCUGUAUCACGUCGAUAUCCCUAUUUCACUUUUUUCGCCCUCUAUUUUCACCUCCCCUCUACCAUCUCAAUUCCCCUCUGAAUCCAGGCCGCCCUCUUCUCUCGAGUUUUGAACCACAUCUGCCUGGUUUUCUCGUCUUGCUUUCUCCACGUCACCCUCAACUAUACAGGGCCUUAGUAUUUGAACACUGAACGGUGUCCAUACUGUGACUCAGGCCGUUUGCUCAAACCGCAUGUAAUAUCCGAUAACCAGCUUGACACCAACAACCAGACCCCUUCAAUAUCCUCCAGCUGCUGCUAUACGGUUCUCUCUCAUCUAACCAUGGCUGACAACGAUGCUCCGCAACUAUCGGAAUCGCAACAACAAGCUCUGGAACAGUUUACAGCAGUUACUGCCCAAGAAAUUAAGGAUGCUAUUCCCAUACUACGAAGGUCGCAAUGGAACGUUGAGAUUGCGAUCACAAAGUUCUUCGACGGUGAGACCUCUGAUCCCGUGGCUGAAGCUGUUGCGGAACAAGCAGCAGCAGCCCGGCAACAAAUUCCUCCUCCUCCGCCCCUACCCACCCCUGGUUCCCCUCUCAGGGCCGGAUCGCGGAACCGUGGCACGAUUUCCCCUGCUCCCCGAAUUGUCCCACAACCCACUGCGGUAUCCCGACGCCCAUCACUUCUGAUUUCACUCCUGUUGUUUCCGUUUUCACUGGUAUGGCGACUUAGCAACUCCUUUUUCUCUCUAUUCUACACCCUCUUUCCCUUCUUGGCUCGAUUCCGUACAGCGACUUCCCCACCAUCACGAACACAGACUACCCGCCGCUCACAGAACCCCCGGGACACCGCCGCCAGGUUCAUCCGAUUAUUUGAAGAGGAAUAUGGAACGGAGACCGGACUGGAUUUUUUUGAGGGGGGCUACGCCCAGGCCCUGGAUUUGGCAAAGAAGGAAUUAAGGUUCUUAUUAGUAGUUCUUCAAAGCGACGAACAUGAUGACACGGCAUCUUUCAACAGAGAAACAUUGAUAAAUCCUGAGGUUGUUGAAUUUAUUAAGACACAGAACAUUAUUCUUUGGGCUGGGAGUGUCCAAGACAGCGAGGCAUACCAAGUUUCAGCGGCCCUCAAUUGCGCCAAAUUUCCUUUCGCUGCGCUAAUAAGCAGAGCUCCUUCACCCGGUAGCUCCCAGGGAAUGUCUGUUGUCUCACGCAUUGUUGGGCCAACACCACCACAGACCCUCGUCUCAAAGUUGACGGCUGCUAUAAUGACCCAUUCCGAGACCCUCGAGCGGGCCCGUGCCACCCGCGCCGUACACGAAGCAGGUAGAGCCAUCCGUGAACAACAAAACUCAGCAUAUGAGCUAUCCCUCGCCCGAGAUAGGGAGAUAGCCAGGGCGCGCAGAGAAGAAGCAGAGAGAAAGGCUAGGGAAGAGGAACUCGCCCGGGCUAGAGCGGACGAGAAGGUAUUGCUGGCAAAGAAUAGGACUGCGUGGAGGCAGUGGAGAGCUACAACCAUCCCGAAAGUGGAACCAACUGGCAAGGAUACAGCUAGGGUUAGCAUCAGAUUGAGGAACGGUGAGAGAGUGAUCAGACGGUUCAAUGGGGACGCCAAUAUGGAGGAGGUGUACGCCUUCGUGGAGUGCUUGGAGUAUUUGAAUGAGAGUGCAACCAACGAGAAAACGCCGGAGAAACCAAGUGGAUACACCCACGAGUAUGGAUUCAAGCUAGUCAGUCCGAUGCCAAGGCAGGUAUAUCAGCUGCAAAGUGAGAAGGGUGGAUCUGAAAGCGCUGUCAAAGAUUGUCUAUGGCCUACCGCAAGUCUUGUCGUCGAAGUUGACGAUGAUGAAGACGAUGAGGGGGGAGAGGAUAAUUAGCUAAGAUGGACUAAAAGAGAACCGGAAUGUCAAUUUUAUGCAACACUACUGGUAUGUAGAGUGUAUCUGGUCGCACCACAAUUGCCCCAUAGUUUGCGGCGGCCCUGUCUACGGAAAGCCCGAGGUUCUACCGUACCGGUUCAAAUAUUUCUUUAGUCUCAGUGCGAUUCACUUUCCUUGUAUUUCCAUUCGGGAUGUUAAGAUUCUUUGAAUGUCUUUCUCGUUCACUAUCUUUACUUUUGGGGGUUCUUUUUUUUUUUUUUGCGUGUGCUUGGUCAAAGCUGGGGGGUCCAUGGAAACAAGGAUUUGCUGGGAGAGGCCUGGCUUUUCGCUGCGUUACAGUGGAUGACAGCACCCUGAGGUGAUGAGGUGGAGUAUAGCUUGCACCUAGGGUGGAUGUCUACUUUCCGUUUGAGUGUGAAUUGUGGUAACAGUACUGUGACAAAAAAGAUAAAAAAUAAUAUACAUUACGGUACGGAAACGGUACAAUAAUAUUAUGAUACCGGCA